UCCUCAUAGGAAGGGACACCACCUGUGAAGGCCUCCUAAAGGUCAGCUUCUUGCAACUCCCAAGCUGACGGCCUCACCAGGAGGAGGAGGAGGGCCCCCGUCACUGGAGGACUGACAGCAAGAUUCUGGUAGAGGACGUGUCAAGAGCCCUAGGGGGCAGGUGGCAACCAUGUAGGCGCCAUGGAGACUGCCAUGUGUGUCUGCUCUCCAUGCUGUACAUGGGAGAGAUGUUGUCCUCAGUUAUGCUCCUGUCUGUGCUGCAAGUUCAUCUUCACCUCAGAGCGGAACUGCACCUGCUUCCCCUGCCCCUACAAAGACGAGCGGAACUGCCAGUGUUGCCACUGCACCUGUGCCGAGAACCCUAACUGCCACUGGUGUUGCUGUUCCUGGGCCAAUGAUCCCAACUGCAAGUGCUGCUGCACCGCCAGCAGCAAUGUCAAGUGCUACUACUACGAGAGCCGCUGCUGCCGCAAUGUCACGAUCACCUUCCGCAGGGGCCGCCUCAGAAGCAUCCGCACCUCCUCCAAGACCGCGCUGCACAUUGGGAGCAGUGACACGAGGAUCGAUGAGCUGAAAUCUAUGCCAGCGAGCAGCCACCUGGUCAACCAUCUCUCCUGCCCCAUGUGCGGCCGGCUGCGUCUGCACUCGUUUAUGCUGCCCUGCAACCACAGCCUGUGUGAGAAGUGCCUGCGGCAGCUGCAAAAGCACGCCGAGGUCACCGAGAACUUCUUCAUCCUCAUCUGCCCAGUGUGCAACCGCUCUCACUGCAUGCCCUACAGCCACAAGAUGCAGCUGCCCGAGAACUACUUGCGCGGGCGCCUCACCAAGCGCUACAUGCAGCAGCACGGCUACCUCAAGUGGCGCUUCGACCGCUCCUCCGGACCCAUCCUCUGCCAGGUCUGCCGCAGCCGUCGCAUUGCCUACAAGCGCUGCAUCACCUGCCGCCUCAACCUAUGCAAUGACUGCCUCAAGGCCUUCCACUCGGACGUGGCCAUGCAGGACCAUGUCUUUGUGGACACCAGUGCCGAGGACCAGGAUGAGAAGAUCUGCAUCCACCACCCAUCCAGCCGUAUCAACGAGUACUGCCGCAGCGACAACGAAUUGCUCUGCACCUUCUGCAAGAUCGCUUUCCACAGUGGCCACGACACCAUCAGCCUCAUCGACGCCUGCUCCGAGAGGGCCGCUGCACUCUUCAGUGCCAUUGCCAAGUUCAAAGCAGUCCGAUAUGAAAUUGAUAAUGACCUAAUGGAAUUCAACAUUUUAAAAAACAGCUUUAAAUCUGACAAAGAGGUAAAACGAAAAGAGAUCAGAAACGGGUUUCUCAAGCUGCGCAGUAUUCUUCAGGAGAAAGAGAAAUCCAUCAUGGAACAAAUAGAGAAUCUAGAAGUGUCCAGGCAGAAGGAGAUUGAAAAAUACGUGUAUGUCACAACCCUGAAAGUAAAUGAAAUGGAUGGCCUGAUAGCCUACUCCAAGGAAGCUCUGAAGGAGACAGGCCAAGUGGCAUUCCUACAGUCUGCCAAGAUUCUAGUAGACCAGAUUGAAGAUGGCAUCCAGAGCACUUACAGGCCUGACCCACAGCUCCGGCUACACUCAAUGAAUUGCAUGCCUUUGGAUUUUGCAGAGCUCUCCAGUGCUAUCCAUGAGCUCUUCCCCACGGGACCUAAGAAGGUAUGCUCCUCAGGAGACUCUUCGCCCUCCCCCUAUCCCAUGCACUCAGAAAUGAUGAUUGCCAGGAAGGUCACUUUCAGCACCCACAGCUUUGGCAACCAGCAGAUAUACCAACGAAGCUCUUCUUUGUUGUCCUUCAACACCAUUGGCGAGAAGACCAAGAUGGGUCUGGAGGCCAAUGGAAGAGCCCAGUCAGUCUCACCCUCCAAACCAAAUGACAGCCUCUACACCUACUGGAGUGCCACAGCAGAAAGCCAACCUGCACAGAAUAGCAGCAGUUUCCACAACUGGUACUCAUUCAAUGAGGGCUCUGUGAAGACCCCAGGCCCAAUUGUUAUCUACCAGACUCUAGUAUACCCAAGAGCUGCCAAGGUUUACUGGACAUGCCCAACAGAAGACGUGGACUCUUUUGAGAUGGAAUUCUAUGAACUCGUUACUUCGUCUCCUAACAAUGUGCGGACAGAGCUCUGUGGGCAAAUUCGGGACAUAAUGCAGCAGAAUCUGGAGCUGCACAACCUGACACCCAACACCGAAUAUCUGUUUAAAGUUAGAGCCAUCAACAACAACGGUCCUGGCCAAUGGAGUGACAUCUGCAAGGCAGCAGAAAAUUUUCCAGAACAGAAGGGGCAAGAGGGAGCGGGAAAGUCCCCUCCUUCCCACCACCAUGAACUGAAGGCUUUCCUGCUCGCAAAUAUGCUGUAUGGCUCUAUUCAGACAAGCCAACCCCGGAUCAUGGCCAAGCACCUGCCUGCAUACUUUGAGCAGUCUCCAGAUGUGAGUCUGGAAUCUUCUGUGAGGGAUUUCCUCACAGAGCAUCACAUUUUACCACUGAGCCAGCGUUUGGCCCAACGUAUCCCUGUGUUAACCGGAAAUGCAGAAGCAGAUCCCAGACAACCACCUAUCCCAGAGAGCUAA